AUGACCCAACCAGGUGCAGGUGCUAGAGCAAAGAGAUUUAAAUGUAACUCUUUUUCCAGAACUGUCACUCUGAUAAAGACUAAUGAUGAGCACACUUCAUUCAGUGACAUGCGAAACCUUAAAACUAAAUCUGUUAUUGAGUUUUCAUCCAGUAUGACUCAAGACAAUGUGAGGGACAAAAUUCAAGAGACUUUUCCAUAUUUAGAAAAUAAGAGGUAAGUGAAUCUGGUCAUUACACUAAGAGUUACAUGGCUAAUGAAAAUGAAAAAAAAAGCUAUAGUACUUAACUGUAAAUAUUUUUCUUGUUGAGUCAUGUAUAACUCACAAAAUGAAUAGUUUCAGAAAUAUCCACCCCCCCCCCCCCCCAUUGGGGGGCAAGGGAAAUUCCAGGGGGGGGGGGGGUCCAAAAGAAGGAAUUUUCCAGGGGGGGGGGGGGGUGUUUACAGUACCUUUUUUUUAUUCUUUUUUUUUUGAGCAAGUUUUCUGUUUUUUUACUUUCGGGUAGUUGAUGGUUUCAAAGAAGAUGUUAUUUUUUAAAGAAAAUAAGACAAAAAAAAUGUGGAGAAAAAAAAAUAAAGACUUUUUUCAAAAUUAAAAAAAAAAGUGAGAAGAAAAAGUUUAUUAAACUAAAGAUUUAAAGUGUAAAAAAAAAAAAAAAAAAAAUUUUUUAUCAUUAAAGUAAAAAUUUUUUUUUUUUGGAGUAAUAUAAAUCACAAAAAUAAUAAAUUUAAGAAAAAACCCCCCCCCCCCCCCCAUUGGAGGGCAAUGGAAAUUCCAAGGGGAGGGGGAGUCCAAAAGGAGGCAGUUUCCAAGGGGGUGGGAGGUUGCUUACAGUACUCUUUUUUUACUGCUUCUCUAUUGAGCAAGCUUUCAGUUAUUUUACUAUCCGGUAGGUCAGUGUUUCAAAGCAAGUGUUAUUGUUUGCAUUGAUUAUCUUUUAUGUAUGAUAGGCCAAAUGCUUUUUUCAUAUGGCUUACAUGAUAGUUUUUUUUAAUUAUACAAUUGUCAUCAGCUCAUGAAAAUAUAAACUUCUGGUUAUCUAGCUGUUGCUUUAUUAUGCAGUGAUUCACAAUUUGGUCAUGUUCUAAGCCUUCGUGAAAAAUGUUCAAACUAAAAAUAAAGUAAUAUGAAAGUUUACGAGUUCUUUUGCAGAUGACAUUAUUUGUGUAGUCAGUAUAUAGUGUUUACAAGGUAUUGCUUCUAUGGCUAACUGUUAGCUAAGAACAUUUUGAAAUUAUUAGACACACAUAUUAACAUGAAUGAAAAGAGUUUUUCUCAUUUCAUUGUGGAAAAAAAUAUCUUUUGCAUAAUAAUAUAGUGCAACAACAUUUUUGGUGAAACACGAAUAUUCUUUCUAGGGGGUAACCAACCAAUGCAAGUUGAAAAACUAGGGAAAAUUCCAAGAGGUGGAGGGGGAGGGGGGGGGGGGUUAUGACAAGCACCCCAUGGAAUGGAAAAUCCAGGGGAUGGGGAUCCAAAGGGUAUGAAUAAUUGUUUUCUGGAACUACACAAACAUCUAUCUUAUUUCUGAUUCUUAUCUACAAAAAUUAAAAAAAAUUGUAUAAUUUUUUCUAAUUUUCAUGAGCUUGACUUAUGCCUUAUAUCCAUGUGUUUAGCCUUUUUUGCAAAGUUUUGCUGAAUUAAUGAGAGAUCAUCCACUUUUUAUUGCUGACGAUUUAAAAUUAUAUCCAGACUGAAUAUGAAAACACAUACUUGCCUCUUCUUUUUGCACCCCUACCUCCAUGUUUUACUUACCCCUCCCCCUUUCUUCCUUGUCUUGCUUAUCAUCCCUCGCUUUCAAAUGGACUCCCUUAAUUUGCAGUUAAUGGUGUACCUGUAGUAGGAAGGGCAGCUCUCUGAUUUCGUCAAGGAUGUUUGAAUUCAGUCUCAAACUGUUUGCCUGAGUGUUUUAUAAAAACUUCCUAAUCAAUAUUCAUUUGCAAUGUGAAGUUUUUCAAAUCAAAUUUUUUUCUCAUUAACAGACAAAUAAAAGCUUAAACAAACUAAAAACUGCAGCAACAACAAACUUCUUCCCCCAAUUUUUUAGGGCGUGACAACUGCAUGCCCACCUAUGUUCACGAGAUCAUGGACUCAGGGUACUUGGCCUAGGAUCACAAAGUGAACUAGGCCUUGGGGCUAGGUGCUGGGGAAAGGUGAAAAGGAGGCCACUUCAUGUAUCAUAGGUAGUCAAAUUGUUACCAAGUGACUGUUUGUUGGGAUUUGCUAUUACUCUCAAAAAUCUCUUAAACUUUUUUGACAGGGCUACUCACUGUAUAUUAAAUCAAUACUUACUAUGUCUUGUUGUAUAUUUCUUCUCAUAUGUCUAGCUUUUUGUGUGCAGUUUCAAAGAAAGUUAAUAAUGAGCGUAAGGAAUUUGACUUUGGUGGAUCUCAUAUCUGGGAUGGAAAGACAAUAAGGGAGAAGAUAAAUGGAAAUUCAAACCUCUAUAUUUUGGAAGAUCAAGUAAGGCUGUGAAAUUUCAUUGCUCUAACUUUUAAGUAAACCAUGAGUUGUAAGAAUAAACCAAUACUCAUACUUGGCUACAAGGGUUGGGGAAAUAAAAACGACAGAAGUGUAUCAUUCAUUGCUGAACCUCAAGAUUUAAUUCUUUUUGUGUUAUUACCCACAUGCCUCGUAGGCAAUAAUAAAAAGACAUUGGUCAAUGAGGUGACCAUAGAGAUGAGAGGAGGUGGAGCCCUGUGAUGCAGACUUGAUGGUCAUCUACAUGUCCAAUCAGUUUGUCCUCCAGUAAUUCAAACAUAAAAUAAAAUGGCCUGGAACCAGGCUCCGCAGUGGUGGAAUUAGGGGAACUACAGGGUGAAACGGCCAAAAAAAUGAGCGAGCAAAGCGAGUGAAGCAGUGAACUGGGACGGGGAAAGGGAGGUCACCCUUUUUUAAUACUUAUAAGUGGAGGUUUCAGGUGGCUUGAAGGGAUUUCCUCUGCUCUCUAGACUAACAAGCAUGGCAUCUAAUUCUUAUUGCACCCUCAAUGGUAUUUUCUACACUUGACCCCUUACUGAAAUCUUCACCUUGAGCAAUGUGUUUAUGUUUUUGAACAAAAGGACUGUUGUUUGCUUACCAUUUUCUGUGUAGGAAAGCAUCUUCUUUUUCAUUAUUGAUCCUCUAUGGUCUAAAAGUGUUGAACACUUGCUAAACAGUCACCGGAAAAAGACUACUAUUUAUUGACUGAUGGGUGAUGCUUCUGUAUGUUCAUGUAUUUUAACAUUGUGGUUUAUUAGCCUUUAAAUUGCCUUUAAAAAUCUCUAUUCUCCAUCAGGCAAGUUUUGGCAAACAGGAUCCCACAGAAACAGGCUCAAAGCUGUUUACACUGAAACGCUCCCAUGAUCAGAUGACCACAAUGAAUAACGAAAGCAGGAUUGAAACAGCUGGUCAUUCCGUAGGUAAGGUCACAGGCGACUAGCGCAAGUUUAGUAAAUUUAAUUAAUUCAAAUUCCGUUUAUCUUAAACUUUCAUGCAAUGUACGCAGAUAAGCAGUCGACGUGAGGAUAAAAGUGCUAAGUUUGAAAUAAACUUUCAAAACGGCGCCGGGGAUUACUGUACAAAAGUUCACGACGUAAAAAUGAAGUUACGUUACGUUCGAGAAAAGGCUAUUUAAGGAUCUUUCUCUCUGUCACUUCUUAAAAGGUGUAAGUCCUCCGAGACCUUAAAGACUAAAUUCCUGCACAUUGCUUAGAAAAAAAAGGAUGUUAUUGAAUUUAUUUAGUGUUCAGUAGAUGGCUGAUGAAUUAACAUGAUAUUCUGCUUUACUUUUGUCCAAACCACAGGUAUAACAAUGGCCCAAGAAAACCUUGUUGACAAGUCAGGGAUACCUCAAAACAUCAUUUCGACCCUGUCUGGUAUUAGGUCAAAAUCGUGGGACCCUGCACUGCAAACUGCAGGUCAAAACGAUGGUAGCGAAAAGAUUGCUCGCAAGUCUUCUUGUCCACCAAAACGGAAUUCUUUUAUGAAUGCAGCGGGGAACUGAGCCAAACAAUUUAUCAACAAGGCUAUCAAAGGACGUGACGAAGAUGUAGGAACAUCAGGAUCAGACUAUGAG